CUCUUGACUGCUGACCACCCGAUAUGGCCAUUUGUCAUGGCGGUUUCAAGAUGGCGGUCGCGAUAGCAGCCAAAUCGCCGUUGAGUUUCCUCUGGAACAGGUUAUAUUCUAAUCAUUCCGCUUGUCCUAUUUUAUACCUGAACCUACGUCGGAUCUGCGUUGCUACAACGGUUGAAAAUGAGGUAGAAAAACUAACAGCGAAAGAGGAAGAGGAGAAGAUAAGAAAGAGGGAGACCGGGAAACAGCUGCAUGCCGUAUAUCACCUCAAAGUGAACGAAAUUGCCGAAGAGUUCCGCGUGAAUCGGCUUGAGCAGGAAAAGUAUCUCAACGAUGAGAAGCGCAAGAAAGGCGAGCUUCGACAACUGGAGAAAGAGAUACAUGACAGGGUUAUCGAGAGUGUCAAACUAGAGAACGAGAGAAUUCAGAAAUUAAGAGAAGAAAGAACUGAAACGCAAACUCUAUCAAAUGAAGAAUGCAACAAAGAAAGGGAAAAAAUCAGGAAACAUUUUGAAGAAAGGCAGCGACAAGAAAGAAUUCAACUUGUGAGAAAAACUAUAUUUCCAGAACAGCCCUUCACAGGAAUCAUCCAUUGGGAACACAAAGAAUGGUUACCAGGAAUCAGCAAACAGGAAUUCAGAAAAGGUCCACUUAUACCUCGUGUCCACAUGACUUUGGUCAUGUGGACACAAGACUAAAAGGGCUUUUAAUCAUCUAUAAUUCACAUUCCAGAUGAAUAUGCUCAGUUCCAAUGACAAAUCUUCUUCCGUAGACUCCAUAUUAAGAUCUCUGCCAGCACAAAAACAUCAUAAAUUACCAUAAAGUAAACAUGGCGACACCCAGGUCAUUUAAACUGAAAACCAAACACUCUGUAUUCGAACCACUUACAGACAUAUGAACUUACACCUUGUUUCAGUGUUACAUGCAUAACCUUAGGAGACAUCUUGCAACCAUCUUUUGACUUGCCAUCUUUUGACAUGCUAUGUAAACUGCUGAAAGACUUUAACUGUGAAACUGGCGAUUUUUCCGGUUAUUAGCAGAAUGAAUGACAAAUAAAUUACUGACCUCAAAUGGCUGAAGAAGAUGGUGGACUUUCCAUGUUUCCAGAUUAACACAAGAUGAUUCAAAUGAUUUGAGUGUAGCUGAUUGGCUCACAAUAAUGACUUCCACUAGAAUUGGGCUGAUACUAACCUUUGAAAGAUGAAACAUCCAAAACAGUUGAUUCAUCUCUCACAGAAUGACAUCAUGAUACUCCUAGCUAUGGUUGCCGGAUUGUUGCAAUAUUUAAUAAGAUACAAUUUAUAUUCAGUAAUUCAUAUUUUUAUUCAGUAAUCGUCAUUUUAUAUUCAAUGUGUCAUAUUUUUGUUCACUAAACUCAUUUUUAAUUCGGUGAUUCAUAUUUUUGUU